AUGGACGGCUAUGACGAAGUGGAUCGAUCGGACACUGCGCACGCCCUCCUCGACGCCCGGCUUCGCUUCAUCACGAGAGGAGGACCGGCUGGAGAGGCCGGAGGCAGACGAGGGACGACUCGAGUGGACAUUCACUCGUGGGAUGAGGCUCGCACACACACAAUGAGCGACGUGAUGAAGAUGGACGUGCGAUUAGAUCUCUCCAACGGACACACCAUAGGCCUCUCCUUGUCCCGCGGGAUUCAUCGGCUACGAUUCGCCAAGUGCUCGUUAUUAGUAGGCAUUGUGGGGUGCCACCCGACAUGCAGGUAUGCUCGACUGGUUAGGUAA